UCAAAUUUCAAAUGCUUUUGUAUAUGUCUCAAUCAUUUAGUACAUCCUUGCAAAUGGUUAUGUACAAGUAAGAGUAAUAAAGAUAAUUGUGCAAAGAACAUUCUAUGAGUUGCAAAAAAAUGUGCAAAAAAACAUCCUAGGUCAGUUGAGGCAGACAAGAUUAACAUGACCAGGAAAGAGUGUUGACAGAUACAUUUAUGAUAUAAUAUAGAGAUAUAGAAGUAAAAGAAAUGAGACAUAAUUCAAGUCAGUAUUUCCAUAGUGUAAUCAAUAGUUCCAUAGUGCAGUGAUUGAAAGCUCAAGCCAUUGUCUGAAUUUUUCCAGAGUCCCUCUUGUCCCUCUUUUCAGUCUCUGACACUGUUGAAUUGUUCAUAAAAUGUAAUAUUGUCAAAAGUGAUUGGAAUCUGUUGUGGGGCAUCACAUCAGCAACUGGGGAGUUCCGCGUAUCUGCCUCCCAAUACAUACGGGUUCCAGCCAUUUGGACCAAGCCCAACCUCAGGUACAUGCCCAACAUUUUCUGUAUUUCCUUGAUUGUGGCGUUCACAGAUCUUCCAUUACUUUGAACGCUGUACUCAUUUGUAUGGGUUGCCAGAGCUUGAAUCAUGUCUUCUGAGACAAACUUUUCAAAGUACUGCAGCGGUGUGUGGAGGACAGUUGCAUCAUCUGUGAGAGCUGGAGCAGAAAAAUCAGUAUUGGGACUGAUGAAAUCCUUUUUUUGCCAGCGAUAUCUGUCACGGGGCUUGAUGUGUUAAUUUGAUUGGGGCUCAAUGUCCAAUGUCCUGGCUGUGCAGUCAGUGGGUUCCUGGUUUUCUUUGUCCACACAGGCAUUGUUAUCUGACUCCUCAUCACUCGCAUAAGUGUCUUCAAACUCUAUGUCCACAUCACUCUCUCCAUUUUGGACGUGUGAAUCUCCCAUGUGAACAUGACGAGUCAUAUGACUGCAACCAGAUAAUGGUUGAAUUAACGUGUGAAUCUCCCACGCCAUGUAACCAUAACGACUCAUGUGAAUGCAACCUGGCAAUUGUUAGAUGGAUAAAUACCAGUGCAUGUGGACUACUGCUUCAUUUCCCUCAAGAAUUUUGUGGUGAAAGAAGCUCCUCUCCAAGGAACGAAGAUGCAGAGAUACAGCACUCAACAGGCAUUGGAGAUGAUCCUGAAUGGAGCUGACCCUUGCGAAUCGGAUGGAGAAGACAUCAAUCUCCAGGUGGAUUCAGACUCCGAGCUGUCUCAGUUGUCUUCAGAUGAGGAGAGUGCUCCCCAACCAACGAAGAGAGCUCGGCUGGCGACUGAUGUGACAGAGACUGCAAAAGAUGGCACAGUAUGGCAUGAAGAACAGGUGGGAACGGGUCCACAUUUCACCCCACCAUCGCCAUACAGCGCAGAUGGAGAGCCAACAGCUAAAGCCAGGAGGUCAAUCACAAGUCGCCUUCAGAGCUUCCUUUGUUUCAUCACUCUGGACAUGCUUGGCAUCAUUCGAGACUGUACAAUUCAACAUGCGAAGCAAACUGAGCAUGUGCAUUGGUUCAUGGGCAUACCUGAACUAAUGGCAUUUAUUUCCAUCACCAUCAUGAGGGGAAUCUUCAAGGUGCCAUCACUGCCUGACUGUUGGUCGAAAAACCUGGGAAGCCCACACAUCAUCGAAACCAUGACCCGAGGCCGUUUCCAAAACAUCAUGCAUCACCUGCGUUUUGAUGACAGAGACACCCGCAGCGAGCGAGUACAGACUGAUAGGUUUGCUGCAAUUUCAAACAUAUGGGGAUUGUUUGUCACCAACUGCAUCACAUCCUACAUUCCUGGUCAAGACAUCACUAUUGACGAACAACUUUUCCCGUGCAAGACUCGCUGCUGUUUCCUACAGUACAUUGCAACUAAACCAGACAAGUUUGGUAUCAAGUUUUGGGUGGCAUGUGACUUGAAAACCAAAUACGUCUGCAACAUCCUCCCAUAUCUUGGCAAGGACCCCACUCGGCCUCGUGGGGAGAGAGUGUCUGAGAGUGUAGUUAUGAGGUUGAUGGAACCAUUCUUGGACAAGGGCAGAAAUGUUACCACAGACAAUUUCUUUACAUCACUGUCACUUGCAAAACGCCUAUUCAGCCGGAACACAACCAUCCUCGGCACAGUCAACAGGAUUCGCCAAGAAAUCCCACCGUCAACUCGACAGAUGCACCGCAAUGAAUUUACCACCCAGGUAUUUUCAUCCACUGGUGCCACACUGACUGUGUAUGCACCCAAGCGGAAGAAGACUGUGUAUGAUCUCAGCAGCAUGCACAGCACGAUUGAGACACAGAAAACCACCAAAAAGAAGCCAAACACCAUCACACUCUACAACACAACAAAGUGCGGCGUCGAUGUAAUGGACCAGAUGGUGCAGGAAUACACUGUCCGUGCAGCAACAAGGCGCUGGCCAGUAGCAGUGUUCUACAACAUGAUAGACAUUGCAGCACUGAAUGCCCACGUGCUCUAUCAAUUAUGCACCGGGAGAAAGGAAAGACGGGUGGAUUUCCUGUUUGAACUGGCAAGAGAGUUGGCUCACUCCCACAUGGGUAUGAAAAAGGCCCAAAAGGAGCAAUUGCUUCGGCAACAACCCUCCACACCACAACUCGGACAAAGAGCCAAGUGUCAGGCUAAAAUCAAAUGCAAGGACAAUCGUGCAAAAGUGCGCUGUGAAAAGUGUUACAAAUACACAUGUGGGAAAUGCUGA